UGACUGUGGAAUGGUGCAAUUUGUCUACGAGGACAGGGAGGAGGCCCUAAAACGUGCCAAUGAUCUCGACGCUAAGGUUGAGGGCGACGCUAGAAAGGCUGGAGGGAAUAGUUAUGUGAAAGUAGUUUCGGCAGCACUUAGACAGGCUUAUGGCGGCACUGAAAUGGUGGGCACACGAGACAAGCCAUGGAUGAUGUUGAAGGAGAUCUCAUCCAAUGGCAACUGUCAGACAGUGGAUGUGAUUUACCCUCACUUUCCCGUCCAGUUAUAUCUGAACCCAACGCUAUUGCGACUCCUUUUGGAGCCAUUGCUCGACAAUCAGGAGAGAGGGUUCUUCCCCAAGAAGUAUUGUAUCCAUGAUUUGGGGACUCAUUAUCCCCGUUGUAUUGGACACAAA